UUCCAUUGGUACAUUGCUAUCGCGCUCGUUGGUAUUAAAUUUCUACUCGCAUAUAUUUUCUGUGUGUAGUUCAAGAAAAAAGAAGAAAAAAAGCAGGAAAAGUCCAGGAAAGAAAAGUGUUUCCCUAUCUAUAUUAAUCGGUUGGUUGUGUUUUUUAGAAAAUUUAGUUUUUUAAAGCAGUUUUCAUCAAUUAACUACUAAUUUUAAGUAAAAUCAAAGAAUUAUUACUUACUCUGUAUUUAAAUGCUGUGAAAUUUUCUCUGCCAAAAGACUUUUCUGAAAAAGAAAAAAAAAGAAACGAAAACCAAAAUCAAUAUUUCGAAGGCGAAGUAUCUAUAUAAAUUAGUUAGGAAGAAAAAUUCUUAUAAUAAUUCUAGCUAACGAUUUAAAAGAAUUAAGUAUUUUUCUUUUUGUUGUUUCUUUAGUUGUUAAUAUUGUUGUUACAAAGAAAGGUUGUGUGUGUGUGUUUGUGAAACUAUUAAAUAGUUUAAUUUAACUAAAAAUCAUAUAUCUAUCGGCCUAUCUUACAAGGAUUUAACUUUAAAAAAAAGGACAUGGAUUAAAUCUAUCGGUUAACUUUAUUCUUUGCACUUAAAUAUAAUACUCAUUUAUUGGAUGUAUAUUAGGAACAGUUUUACUGCCCUGAAUGCAUUAGAAGGCGCAUACAGCCUUUAAGAACAACUAUGUCGAUAUAAUUUAACAAUACACCUCCAGCCAAACCCUAUACAAAAACCACAAUCAAAAUGUCUACUGCAGAUAAACGUACGGCUGCUGCAGCACGCCAAAAAUCCGUCGAAGAAGAAGUCCUAAGUCUCGACAGUAUGCCAGCCACCAAUACAAAUUCCCAUCACAAUCCCAAUACACAUCAGCCAAUAACACUAAGUAAAAAAGCAAUCCACCAGCGAGAUGCCGAUGAAAAUCUGUUUCUAAGGUUCCUUGAGCUUGAUCCACCGAACGAGGCACCUACCAGCGGAACAAAACCAAGCCAAGGACGAACGCCAUUCACAAUGACGAAGAAACUAACCCGCACUGCUGAUAGAGGCUUUGGAUUUUCAAUUGUCUGGACCCAUCCGCCACGUAUUGAAAAAAUUGAACCUGGCUUAUCGGCCGAUAUCAAUUCCAUUCUGCCCGGAGAUUAUGUGAUAUUUAUUGACAAACAUAAUGUUGUCACAAUGCCAGAAGCCGAUGUAUUGAACUUAAUUCGAUCACAGGGCAAUACAUUGACAAUGGAAACUUUUCGAAGGUCAGGUUCUUCGGCAACAGCUACGGGCUUAGCAUCGACUGCGGUGGGUGUGACAUUGCCAUCGUCGAAUGCGCCAAGCCAUCGUAGCGGGGUAGCUGCGAAUGGGAUAGAGAGCAAAUCACGGGUUACAAGUGCGGCCAGUAACUAUACUGAAACUGUGCCUAUAUCAAGCCAUAUUCGUCCAUCGACUGCAUGUUCAAGUAGUUCUACAUUGGAAGCCGCGAAAAAACGUCUUCAUUUGCCUCAGGUUACAUUUAGCAAAGAGUCCAUCGCACCUAUCACAGAUAAUCGUCAUAGAUUUCUUCUGCAGCUAAUAAGCCGUGAACAGAAUUUUGUGUCAGCCAUACUCUUUGGUCUUCAACGAUUUGUUCAACCUCUAGUAGAACGUACUGAUCUUAUUUCACCAAAUGAUCAUCGAACAUUAUUUCAAAAUAUAGACGAAUUACGUCGAAUAUCUGAAGAUAUUUUGGAACAAUUGAUAAACGACGAUCAGGAGCCACAAUUAAAUUUUACGUCUCGUGUUUAUUUGUCAAAGACAACAGCCAUUUGCGCGGCUUAUAAAAAAUACUGCAAUGGCAUUAAACGAGCUGACUGUGUUUUGGUCAAUAAAUCCCGACAAGCUGGUUCAAAGUUCGUUGCUUUCAUUACGGAACCACAAGUGCCACGAAAACGCCCCGAUCUCACAAUGUUUAUCCAUCGUCCAUUGCAACAUUUUCGUGAGAUCUUGAAACUUAUGCAGAUGCUAGCCUCCAAUUGCCACGUUGACAGUGAAGAGCAUAAGAAUUUUACAUCGGUCAUUAAUGAGCUACAAGCUGCUUAUAGGGAAAUAACUGUGAGCAGCGGAUUGAUGGAACCACUGGGUGAGGGUCGUCCAUUACUUACCCUUCAGGAUCUUGAAUCAAGAAUGGUAUUCACGAAAUGCAAACCCUUUACACUCGCUGUCCAAGGAAGACAAUGGAUUUUUGGUGGCGAUUUGAGCCGUGUCGAAGGGCGCUCGGUAAAACCGUACUGGACUUUACUGUUCAGUGAUAUUAUCGUUUUUGCCAAAGUCAGUCGAGAUCGCGUAUUGUUCAUAAUGGAGGAACCCAUUCCCAUUGCUAAUAUUGUCGAUUCAUGUUUUCACAUGAGGAAAAAAACAGCAGAGUUCAGGAUCACAGUCGAUCCAAAUGGCCGAUUUGCAGAAAGCCCGACUGGUUACUGUGCACCCGAUCUUACUCGCACACCAAAAAAGAAUGCGAGGCGUAAAAGUCUUACUCUGCGUGCACCAUCAUUAGAGCUGAAAGCCGUAUGGCAGAAUCUUCUUCAACGACAGAUAUUCUUAGUAAAUGCAGCCCUUGGAUCUACACCACUCUCUAGUCCCUUGGACUCACCUGACGUUCUCAAUACAUCAGUUCCUCUAUGCGACAUCGGUAUUGCAACAGCAUCUGUAGCAUCUAUGAAACUAUCCUCGAUGGAUUCCAUUAAUUUGAAAAAUCAACAGUCUCAACAGCGUUUUUCAACUAACCCCGCAGAACAGUUCGAGAUGUUGAUCGAUGAAAAGUGUAGAAUUUUGAAUAAAACCGGCACCUCCAAGGCAAGUGCCUUACACUUAGCAAACUGGAUGAAAGGCCAGCUGGACAAGCAACAGGAAGAAGCACGACUAGCUGCACAACGUUCUCGAGAAAAUCUUAGGAAAGAAGAUGAACACCUUUUGUAUCCUGAUGGGGAUAGCAGUGAAAAGAUCACCUACUGGACUCGAGCACAGCUUGAGAAUCGUACCAAAGAGCUUAAUUUAGCCAAAGAGCAAGGUGCUCUAAGAGCACAACCAUGUUUCGGGGGGAAACGUUAUAGUGGAGUGGAAGAAUUGAGUAUGGAUGAUCGAGAAUGUGAGACGAAAAGUCAGUCCCACAGCACCACGUCCGAUAGCCAGAUAACAAUUCGUUCAAGCCCGGUAGUUAAUGUAGGUGAUAAGCUUACAGUUUGUCGACAUUGCCAUACAAAUUGCCAACAAAAACAACGCUCAUCAUCCAUUUCACCAACCAAUUUGAUUUGUAAUUCGCUUAAAGUCCAACAUAGUCAGGCAUCACCAAACCGCUGCUGUAGGUUUAGCCCAAAAGCUCAUAGUAGUUUGUCUGAUGGUACAUCGACUAGCACCGUCACUGGUGAGGAGCAGCCUCAAAUUUCAUCAACCACUAAACCAGAAUCAAAACUCCCUCUUCAAAUAGUUUCUCAAUCGAAUGGCGAGCAAGUCACCAGUAUACGAGUUUUAGAUGAAAGUACAAAAAACGAAGCUCUUCUGCUAAACGGCCACUGUUCGGGCGGAGAGGAAAAACUUUCACCAGCAUCAUCACCAUCACCAAAGAAACACACCGUACCACCGCCAAAGCCAAAUCGAUAUUCCAUCAAAAACCGAUCACCACGAAAGAGGACAACCAGUCAGAGCAGUGACAUUUGCAAUUGCGAGUGUACACCAGCUGAUUUCGAGGGCACGGCAAUAAGUCCUGACAAAGUUACUCAGGAGCUGUGCAAGCUCAUAGAACCCACAACUACAAUUAGUCAAUCGCCUUUAAAAACCACCCAUCAGCACAAGCAUCAGAACCAGCAUCAGCCAUUGGAUUUGGACAAGCAGAAUCCCCAUCGAUAUUGCAAGUGUGUUUGCAAAGAUUGCAAAGAUGAUUUCGAAGGCGAUGAUAGUCUGUCCUUGAUGCUAAUUGGCUUGGCGCAAUUCACACCUGUGUCCAGAGUUGUACAAGCCGAUAGCACUGCCUUUGUGCCAUCCAUUGCCGUCGUUCCACCCACACCAGAUGCGUUACUGUCCAAAACUACCACAAACGUCUGGGACAACACGACAAGCAUAAUCACCAGUACCGCCACAAAACUACUCUUCAACAAUGUACCACGUCAAGCGGUUAUCGAGAAUAUACCCGAGGACUCUGCGGACGAGUCACCUCAGGACGACGAACCGCCCUAUCGCCAAAUGAAUUGUGUUUCACUCCGCCGCUACGGAACUCUGUCCAGUUUAGAAAAACUCCCGUCCGAAGACCUUCCCGAUGAUAAUCGCUCCUCCGACGGCGAUUAUGCACCCGAUGAGCUAGAGGACGAUAAUGACGCACAAUCUCAAGAUAUCGAGCCUGACAGCCGAGACGAUGAUAUUGAAGUGGUUACCAAAAAAGUUUUCAGCCCCGACGAGUCUGGCCAAAAACCUUGGGCUUCACGAGCUAGUUCUUAUGUCGCUGGCAAAAUGCCUUUCUUCGAAGAAUCACGAGCUUUUAUUGAUAAAUAUUUGGGUCGAUGGAAUAGUGAGCAUCAAGGUUUGACAAAUAAUGGAGAGGACUUGUUGGAUGACUGCACUUCGGGGGCGACAUCCGGCGAAGAAGUUUGGGGCACUCCGACUAGCGGAGGCGAUAAUGAUGAUAGGCAUCUCAAUUCCGAAAAUACACAAUCGUCACCGACCAAAUCAAGUGCAUCUUACAAUGAUGAUGAUGAUACUGAACUUAUGAUGGAUGAGCUUUUAAUGGCUCCACCAAUGACUGCCAGCACAAUACGAGGUUUAUUGCCACGGCGACGUUUAGAACCACUAUUUGAGGAGGAAACUGAGAGUGAUGAGGAAAAAACUCAACAGGAAAGUGAAGAACUCAAAAAGGGGGAAACAACGACAAAUGGCCACAAUUUAGGGGAUUCAACAGAAAGUUCAAGCGACGAGAUGAUGGAAGAGAUAACUACGGAAAGAGAGCCCUUGAUGCAACCGAAACAACAACAACAGCAGGAAAUAGGAUCAAACAAUUUGGAUGGAUGUCUUCAACAAUCAUUUGCAAAGGAUCAAACAGCAUCAUUGAGGCCAAAAAUGGAUUCACAUCCACUGGCAGCGGAAGCAACAGAAAUGCAACAGAAAAACCAAAAAACGGUCACCACAGAGGCAACAAGACUGAUUCAGAUGAUGAUCUCAUCCUUAACGACGACUACUGCGACAACAGUGAUUUCAUCGACGACUUCUACCACGAACAACGUAGAAAGCAGCAGUGCUUCGCCAACUCCAAAGCCGCAGGCGGCACCAGCAGCAACAACUUCGAACACGAGUUUCUGCAAAACUGUGGUACGCAAGAAAGAGUUUUCGCCACCGCCACCACCUCCAAGGCGUUUAAUGCUCACGCAAACAAAUCUACGGAGUGGCAAUGCGGCAGCCAAUCAAAAUACACAACAAGCGAAUCCACAACAAUCUGGCGCUACUGCUGACAAUGGUUUAUCUGUGGAUGUUGUCAGCAAUAUUCACAAAAGAUUGACACAAAUCAAUCAAAAGGCUGUAUUCAAUUCGAAAAGUUUUGCCGCAAAUACCGGUCCUGCCGCAAACCAACAACCAACUAUCAUCGAAACCUCUCUCCUAGGACCACCGGCACAAAAAAAGACGCCCUCAAUGUCAUCAACAAUUGCUUCGACGACGACAAAAUCAACAACAACAAAAGUCGCGAAAUUCGGUACCACAAAAACUUCACCGCAGAACAUCAACAACAGCAGCAGCACCAACACCAACACCAAAACCAGCAACAGCAACGUAAAUGCUUCAGCAACUGCUGUCCACCAUGGCUCUGGUUUAAGCCCACGUCUCGAAAUGCGAUUGGCGCUGAAUCACGAUAUUCUUGGAGACGAAGACUUAAUAAAUUACGAUCCUGGCCCAGAUCUUACAACGAUAUUGGGACACGACCUAACAACGUUUCAUCGAUUGACGGGGAGAGACUUGCUUACUCGUACGGCCAGCAACCGGGUUCAGCCCAAAGAGGCCGUCAUCUCGUUUUGUCAACAGCGAAAUUCGAAAAUGGAUACGCCAACAGUGAAUCGUCGUCCUCGUCCCGUGUCCAUUGGCGGCAGCGAUUUAAUUGGUGUUGCAACAGGAAUAGGCGGGGACAUGUGUUCCAGCAGCAGCAGCAUCAGCCAACAACACCUGCAAUCAAAUCGAAAUACAUUGAGCAAUUUUGCAUUUGCUCCUGCUUCGGACUUAAUUCAAAAAGUCGCCGGAACCAGCGGCAGCAUAACCAGUUUAAGAAGCACCGACGAAAAGAAAUUAAGCGGCUUGGAAAUCUUAGCGAGACGCGAGAAGAUGUAUUGCAUGUCUCAAUCGAAGAAUGGCUCACUAGUCAAGAAAGUGACGACAGUGAAGAAGGCGAUGGGUCUGAUGAGAACGAGGAGUACUUCUUCAGUGGCGUCGGCAGCUGGCACGAUGGAGACUGACCAACAACAACAACAACUUGGAAUGCUAAGAGUUUCAGUUGAAUCGAAAAAGAUGGGUCGCGAUGAAAUCGCACUUGAAGCUGCCAAAGGUAAUAGAUUAAUGAAUUUCUUAACGAGACGUAACUCUGAGCUACCAACGUCAAUCAACCAUUCACGCACUUCUCUUAACGAGUCGAAUCCUAGUUAUACCCCAGAAACUAAGAGGCGAAGUAAGAGUAAAACUCAUCAACAGUUUUCACCACGAAAAGACAAUGAUAAGCCUUCAUUGAAUCGCCGUCUCUGGAAGCAGAUAACCAAACGGAGGCGUUCUAACUCCGUGUCCGAACUAUUGGCUUGUUAAAAAUCCGUCACAGCACUCAAUUCACUUUAUUUUAAAUAAAAAUAAAUUCGUCCUUAAAAAGAAACAUAAUUAAAACAAAAAAACACAACAAAUUAUAAAAAAACUUCAAACUAAAUUGACAUUAAUUUUUGUAUUCGCCAAUAAUAAUACAAAAAAAGAAGAAUCAUCAAUUAAAAGCACUUUGUGUAAAAAUUAUUAUUACUAUUUAAUUAAAAACCAUUUUCUGUUAUAUAAUAAACAUUUUUAAAGAAUUUCUUCAAAUAUUUACAUUUACACAGAAAAAACCAAAACAAUUUUUUAAAUUAAAAAAAAAGUCAAUAUUUAUGGACAACUUUCGUAAAAAAAAAAAAAAAAAUAAGCAAAUGUAGAAAAAAAAUAUAGAUAUACAUAACUCACUUUUUAAAAAAAAAUAAUUACAUAUUUUAGGAUUUUUGUUUUUAUAAAAUUCUUGUCGAAAAAUUAAAUUCAUUAUUCGCUGCUGCAUUCAUUUAGCUGCAUAUAAUUUUAGGUAAGCAAAAAUAAAUUUAGAUGAAAUCUUCUAUACAAGUGCAUGCAUAAAUAAGACUAUGUAGAUAGUCAUAGUGAUGAAUUCUAUGAAUUAGCUUUAAAUUAAUCUACAUAGGCGGAAAACAUAAGACCCAUAAAAACGUUUAUACAAUUUUUACUUAGAGACGAUGUUUUUCUUUUUUGAAUUGGCAAUUGAAGAUUUCUAACCUUGCAUUGUAAGAAUUUCUCAUGAGAAUAAAUUUAUUGGAAUAGAGGGUUAUCAUCCUUAAUACCAUUGAUAAUGUGGACAGAUAUAAUCUUGUCAAAGCACCUAAUUAAACUUUUACUGCAUUGAUUUCUAUCUGUUUACAAGAGAAAUUUUGAAUCUUACUCAUAUAAAACAGAUUAAUGAACAUUUUUUAUUAUAUCCUUUAUUUUACCGGCGCAGGAGCAUAAAUCCCGAAUUAUCAUUUUGGGUCAUAAGUCCCUAUUAUCUGCCUAAAAUUUGUAUUUGAAUCAAAGCCAACUCCCACUCAAUUAAGUCACAAACACCAAUAAUUUCUUCAUGAAUAUCCGUGUCUUUAAAAUGUGAGACACACAAAUAUUAAAUUUUCAACGAGUAAUAUUUCACAUUAUUUAGAAUCACAUGCCUAUGAUAAGCCUUCAACUUUUGUUGCAAAUUUAAGUCAAAAGUUGAUAGAAAUAUUAACACUCGACAUCCAAUCUAUUGCUAGGAUGAUAAUCUUUUACAUAAGUCCUUAAGUCACGCAUUGUUGUAUCACAGAUUUUGAUUUUUUGAUUCAAAUCUCCACAGUCUCCAUUUUCGUCAAAAACAAACAUUUGUUUUUUAAGUGAAAAUAAAAUUAAUAACAUUUUUUAACUAAAUUAACAUCGAUUUUUAAAUCUUAAGCUAGCAAGUGCGGUAAAAUAAAUACAAAUUAUUUUAAUUUCUCUUCUAAAUCUUUUUAAAUAAAAUUAAAAAUAAAAAGAAUUUAAAAAUUAACGUAACAAUAUUUUUUCUUAAAGAGUCUCUUACAUUUCUAUCGAAAGCAGAAAAUAUGACUAAAAAGACUUAAAAAUUCAAACUUUCACAUAAAGUUAUUUAUUUGUAACACCUACAAAACAAAUUUAAGACUCUUACUUUAAGUAGACUAAACAAAUACAAAUACAAAACUUAUCGUCUUAAAUCUUAAAGAAACCUACAGAACAAUAUCUCUGUGAGAAUAAAUUUAAGCAAAAAAUUAAAAACUAUUUGUGAGCCUGAAGCUGGAGAUACAUUAAUGUGUGUAUAAUGAAUUUAUUUAUUUAUAAAUUAUGUUAUUUUAGUUGUUAAAGAAAAAUUAUUUUUAUUAUAUAAUUCCUUAGAACGAAUAUUCCUUACAUGAAUAUAAAAAUUUAAUAAUGUAGAUAAAGAAGUAAUAAAUUUUAGAUUGAAAUCC